AUCAGCCCUUUUUUGUUUUUUUGCCAGCUCCAGCUUUUUUUCCUUUUCCUACGACAGUCCUUCCACCCCCAUCUUUGGCCUCCCUCUCUCCUUUCUCUUCAUAAUGCCCUCUCCAACCUUAAUCUCUUUAGAGAUCACUUAGAGAAGGAAACAACUAUUUGGGUCUUGUCCAAAUCCCACCAUCUCACUCCAAUGGCUGAAGUGGUUGUGGCUAAGAGCCUUCUGUUCUCCUUCCUCUUCUUUCUUCACAAUGUUUGCUCUUCAGGAACCAUUGUGGGUUUCUCAUACGAUGCAAGGGAAGAGAAUCCUGCCUCGAGAUCUCCCAUAAAGACACUGUCUUUCCUUCAGAAGAAUAUGGUGUCUUCCUCUCAGUUUAAGGUCUUUCUCACGGACCCAGGAGCAUUCAUAGAUUUACCACCCAACACUGGAAUCUCUGUUGAUCUCUUUGUGGACCAACUCAAACUGUUUAAGCAAGUGAAAUCUAAGGAUUCCACCACCUCAUGGCUCAAAACCCAUCUUGUAGACACUCUCCCCUAUUUGAACAUCAGUAACAUUCUAGUUGGCAGUACUGAACAAAGCCUACCUUUGCUUCUUUCCACCUUGAGCUCGAUAGAGACUUCUCUCAAGAACUUUGAUCUUGAUAAAAGCAUUGGUGUCUCAGCCAUGUUUCCCUUCUCCACCCUUAUGACCUUGGACGAAUCUAACAAUAAAAAUCUGCUGAAGCUAAUGAACUUUAUAAAGAACUCCAAGUCUUUUGUGGCAGUAGAGACACUUGUAGAGGGAGCACUGAGCUUGGGAGAUGGCUUUGUUCAAUCCACCAUCCAAAAUGCUAUGUGGGCUUGCAUUACUCUACCUUAUCCUGACAUCCCCAUAGUUCUGUAUGUGAAGAGCUCUGUUGUGCCAAGUGGCAGGGAAAUAGCUGAAUUUACUGAGAGAAUGAUGAAAUCUAUCGAUAACCAUGCUCUGAUAAGAGAAAGGAUUUUGGGACUGUUUGCUGAUAUAUCCCAUGUUGGAGAAUUUGAGCAGAAGAAACCUAGUUGGGAGGAUGAAUUAAUCUUCCCUUCUCGUAGAGAACUUCUUGGCCAUGAUAAUAGACCCGUAUCUGCAACCAAAACAAUAGUCCAUGAUUCUGUCGUCCCAACAACGAACCCUGCAACAACACCUAUAACAGUUCCCUCGACAAACCCAGCACCAGCAAUUAUCACUGUACCCUCUACCAAUCCUGUUACAGUUUUUCCCACAAAUCCCACCACAGCACCAAUUACUGUUCCCCCCUUGGAUCCUGUACCCACACCAAUCAUGGUCCCUCCGUCAAAUCCCAUGCCAACACCUGCCACAACACCAGUAGUGCCUACGACUAAUCCUGCUAUGACACCCACAACACUCCCUGUCAGCCCACCGGUAACCAACCCUGUGACAACCUAUCCAUAUCCACCAUCUGGGAGCACACCAUCUUUAACACCACCGGUAACAGUGCCGAGCACAGUCCCUGUUUCACCAACAAUUUCUGGGCAGACUUGGUGCGUGGCCAAGACUGGGGCUUUGGAUGUGGCACUCCAGAUGGCACUGGAUUAUGCUUGUGGGAUUGGAGGAGCAGACUGCUCCACAAUUCAACCAACAGGGAGCUGCUACAAUCCAGACUCCCUCCAAGCCCAUGCCUCAUAUGCCUUCAACAGCUACUACCAGAAGAAUCCAGUGCCAACAAGCUGCGAUUUUGGAGGAACAGCAAUGAUCGUCAAUGUUAAUCCAAGCUCAGGAAGUUGCAUAUACCCAUCUUCCAGUUCUGUUUCUGGUUUCAGUCCUGCUACCACCACUACUGGUUCCAGUUCAGGUUCAUCAGUUUUGAACACCAAUAACACAGGUGACUCUGGUACAGUUUUUGGGUCCAACAACCCUGCAGGCGCUACAAACGAUUCAUUCUCUCUUGCUGCUGGUUGGAUCUUCUUAUUGUUCGUGCUUACCAUAGCCUGUAUCACUGGUAACAUCUAGUAGCUUGUUAUUUUCAGUUCUUGAGCAGUAGCUACAGCAGUAUACAUCCGAUCGGUGUGUAGAGAAGAUUUAGAAGUUUGAUGUAUAUAUGGACUGAGCAGAUCCUAGUCAUUGUUAGAGAUGACCCAAUGAAAAGUUUGAUUGCUCUAUAUACAUUGUGGGAAUGUGAUUUCACUUUAGGAAAAGCUAAAGAAUAUUUCUGAAUGUACAAAUGAUUACAGAGAAACAGAAUGUAACAUGGGGUUCAAUCAGGGAAAAGAUCUGUUCUCUAUCAACAAUACCGGGGCUGCUUUGUUUAAAUGCUACUGCACUAUACAUUACUGGAUCUCAACAUCUCGUCAAGUACAUAAUGACGGAGAGAAUGAACUCUUUUUGUAAGAACAGCCACACCUGAUGUAGACAUUAGAAAUAUGGAGCUUCAUACUGGAGCUCAGCUCUUCAUAAAUUGCUGCUUCUAGAU